ACCACCGCUGUUUAAUUAGAACUCUGUGCUUGCAGCCUGAUCCAACACGAUUCUGCAGCAUCGCGUAGGGUUCCCUUAGGCCCUCACUUCCGUCGCACAGAGAGAGGGAGAGAGAGAGGAUCAAUGGGAGUGCCGGCGUUUUACCGGUGGCUUGCGGAGAAGUAUCCUAUGGUAGUAGUGGACGUAGUAGAGGAGGAACCAGUGGAGAUCGAAGGCGUUAAGAUCCCCGUCGAUACGUCGAAGCCGAACCCUAAUGGGAUUGAAUACGACAAUCUAUAUCUCGAUAUGAAUGGCAUCAUUCAUCCUUGCUUUCAUCCAGAGGACCGCCCCGCUCCCACCUCCUUUGAUGAGGUUUUCCAAUGCAUGUUUGAUUACAUUGAUAGGCUUUUUGUCAUGGUUCGGCCCAGGAAGCUUCUCUUUAUGGCUAUUGAUGGUGUUGCACCGAGGGCUAAGAUGAAUCAGCAGCGUUCUAGACGUUUCAGAGCAGCUAAGGAUGCAGCAGAUGCGGCGGCUGAAGAGGACCGACUGCGUCUGGAGUUUGAGAGGGAAGGAAGAAAGCUUCCACCGAAGAAGGAAUCAGAAGUUUUUGAUUCUAAUGUUAUUACUCCCGGGACCGAGUUUAUGUCUGUUCUGUCUGUAGCACUGCAGUAUUACAUUCAUCUGAGGCUAAACUAUGACCCUGGUUGGAAGCACAUAAAAGUAAUCCUUUCUGAUGCAAAUGUUCCCGGUGAAGGGGAACACAAAAUUAUGUCAUACAUCCGUCUUCAACGAAAUUUGCCCGGUUUUGAUCCAAAUACUCGGCACUGCUUGUAUGGUCUGGAUGCAGAUUUGAUCAUGUUAGCUUUGGCCACACAUGAGGUGCAUUUUUCAAUUUUAAGAGAGAUUGUCUUCACUCCUGGACAGCAAGACAAAUGCUUUUUAUGCGGCCAGAUGGGCCAUUUAGCUGCAGAUUGCCAAGGACACGCUAAAAGAAAAUCUGGUGAAUUUGAUGAGAAGGGUGAUAGUGCUGUAGUUGCAAAGAAACCUUACCAGUUUCUCAACAUCUGGACUCUUCGAGAGUACUUGGAAUUUGAAUUUAGAAUGCCUAAUCCUCCCUUUGAGGUUGAUUUUGAACGUAUAGUAGAUGAUUUCAUCUUUAUGUGUUUCUUUGUUGGAAAUGAUUUUCUUCCCCAUAUGCCAACGCUGGAAAUCCGUGAGGGUGCAAUAAAUUUACUUAUGGCUGUUUAUAAGAAGGAAUUUAGGGUGAUGAAGGGCUAUUUGACGGAUUCAUGGAAGCCUAAUUUGAGCAGAGUUGAGCAUUUUAUUCAGGCAGUUGGGUCUUACGAGGAUAGAAUUUUCCAAAAAAGAGCUCGCUUACAUCAGCGUCAAGCGGAAAGAAUAAAACGCGAAAAAGUACAAGCCUUACGAGGAGAUGAUAUAGAUCCUCAACUGAAUCCUGAUCUUAUAGUGCCCAUUACUCGUUAUAAGGGUUCACGUCUCGCUUCUGGCGCUUCCCCUUCCCCAUUUCAACAGUUCGAGUCUUCUUAUGGAACUCGCAAUCCGCCGCUUACAAGAAAAGACACAGAAAAUGAAAAAGCUGCUUCAGAAAUGCACAUUUUAAAGAUCAACAAAAGAACAACACAUGAGGCAGGAUCUUAUGUUCGAGCGCAAAAGGCUGCCCGCAUUUCAGCAGAGGGUGCAACUAUUGGAGGAGCAAUUGUUGAGGCUGAGAAGAGUCUUGAAGCAGAAAUGCUUGAAAAUAAGGAAGAAAUGAAAACAAAGCUGAAAGAAUUGUUACGGAAUAAAUCUGAUCUUUUCAACGCUGAAAAUCCAGAGGAGGACAAGGUUAAACUUGGAGAGCCGGGUUGGAAAGCAAGGUACUAUGAGGAAAAAUUUUCUGCAAAAUCCCCUGAAGAAGUUGAGCUUAUUAAAAGAGACAUUGUUUUACGGUACACGGAAGGAUUGUGUUGGGUGAUGCAUUAUUAUUACGAAGGUGUUUGCUCAUGGCAAUGGUUCUACCCCUACCACUAUGCACCGUUUGCCUCUGAUAUCAAGGGUCUGGGUCAACUGAAUAUAGAAUUCAAACUUGGCUCUCCUUUCAAGCCAUUCAGUCAGCUAAUGGGAGUGUUUCCAGCUGCAAGUGCCCAUGCUUUACCAUUUCAUUACAGGCGAUUGAUGAGUGAUCCAAACUCACCCAUUAUUGAUUUCUAUCCCACAGAUUUUGAGGUUGACAUGAAUGGAAAGAGAUAUUCUUGGCAGGGUGUUGCUAAGCUUCCUUUUAUAGAGGAAGAUCGCUUGCUUGCUGAAAUUAAGAAUGUACAACAUACUUUGACGAAGGAAGAAAUUCGGCGGAAUAGUGUGAUGUUUGAAAUGCUUUUUGUUAAUGUGUCACAUCCUCUCUCUCCAUAUAUGUUCUCUCUUAGCAAUCAACAUGGACAAUUGUCAGAAAAAGAAAAAGCUGAAAUAAAAGAAAAAAUUGAUCCUGUUGCCAGUGGUGGAAUGAAUGGAUAUCUGUCACUUUGUAAUGGGGAUCCAUGUCCGCCUGUCUUCAGGUCUCCCAUCAAUGGAUUGGAGGAUAUAAUGGACAAUCAAGUCAUUUGUACAAUAUACAAACUUCCAGAUGCCCACAAACACAUUACUCAACCACCACCAGGUGUUAUAUUCCCUAAAAAGACUGUUACCAUCGGUGAUUUGAAGCCUCCACCUGCUCUGUGGCAUGAAGAUACUGGCAGGAGACCGCUUGAAAAUGGAAGCACCACAUCCAGGCAAAACCCCCCAGGAUCUUACUCUGGCAAACAACUUGGCGAGGCCGCUCAUCGUCUAGUCAUCAAUAGCUUACAGGCGCGGACUGGACGAGAGCACGACAACAUGGAGCAAAGAAGGCAUCCUCAUCCGUCAUCACAUCCUCCACAUUCACCCAACUCCUUUCCAUAUUCGGAUGGACGACAACUUCCAUUUGCUGCUGGAGAGGAACGACAUGCCAUUGGUCAGUCGCAACGGUACAAUGUUGUUUCUACCUCUUCAAGUUAUCGAUACGAGAGAUCCGAAAACCAUCCAUUCAAACGAAAUGAACAUCAUAGUAGUCACCAUCAAUUUGAAAGAAACGAAUAUGGUGUUAGGAAUACUACACAUUACGAGCAAAGAGUUCCGGCUCAAAGCCACCCACAGUAUGGCACGUCGGCAUACCCAGUCGCGACGAGAAAUGUCAUCCAACAGCCCGUUCAUGGAAGCGUCCCUGCUCGGUCUGGAUAUGGCGGCUUCAACGCAUACGGAGUUCGGCCGCAAUGGAAUCCACAAUAUGAUCCAAGGAGAGGACCGCCUUCGCAUCAGGCUCAGUUUGAAAGAACGAACACGAACCCACAACCGACGAAUUAUAGUAAUAAUAGAUAUGUUGUGUUAGAUCGAGGCUUGAACAAAAGGCCUCGGCCACCACCGCCGCCCGGUUAUGGCCAUUAUUAGAGCUGAAUAAUGCAGAGUGGGUAUUAUUCAUCUAUUUUCUUAGUAGCAUUAUUUUUGUUGUAUUUUGUUCUAAUUUUGGAGAUGGUCUGUAGCUAUUAUCAACUUGCUGUAAGAUUGCAAAAAACAAAUGUUAGUAACUUGAACUCCACUAACAUAAGAGCCUGACAGUAGAGAACUAUAAUGUAACAUUUGAAUAAUGUAAAAUUUUAUUUGUAACAUUUUGUAUGCAUUCAAUUGGAUUGAUUA